AAUGCUCCUCGCUCCUGCCAUUCAAAAUCUGUAUUCUCACAAACAAGAAGCGUUGAAUCUAUGGAACUUGUUCGAAGCACAAACUUGUCUGCUCUUCUUGUCUUGCUAUCUUGCUUUUGUUUACAGUUUGGCUCUGCAAUUGACACCAUCACAGCAGCUAAAUUCAUCAACGACUCUGAAACCAUCAUCUCCAAUGGGGGUGACUUCAAACUGGGAUUUUUCAGCCCUCCAAAUUCUACCGAUCGGUAUGUUGGGAUAUGGUAUGCUGAAAUUUCUGUGUUCACUGUCGUAUGGGUUGCUAACAGAAACAAUCCCCUUAAGAAUUCCUCUGGAGUUCUUACCAUAUCCGAAGAUGGGAAUCUGGUAGUGUUAGAUGGGCAAAAGAAGAUUCUUUGGUCCUCAAAUUUAACAAAUUCUGUCGUCAAUUUAAGUGCUCAGCUUUUAGAUUCUGGAAAUCUUGUCUUGCAAGGAAACACUACAGGGACAUUCUUAUGGGAGAGUUUCCAACAUCCUUCUAAUACAUUCAUCGAAAAGAUGAAAAUUAGUACGGAUGUUAGAACGGGUAAGAAAGUGCAGCUGACAUCAUGGACAAGCCCUUCUGAUCCAUCCAUUGGAAACUUCUCUGCCGGUAUUGAUGCUCGUAAUCUUCCGGAAUUGUUUAUUUGGAAUGGCAGUAGACCAUAUUGGCGGAGUGGUCCAUGGAACGGACUAGUCUUUAUCGGAUUACAAAACAUGUAUUCUGUAUUUCAUGAUGGAUUUAGUCUUGUAGACGAUAAAGAAGGAACAAUCUAUUUAUCUUUUAGCUCUUCGAACGACUCUUUCCCAUAUACUUAUGUCUUGAAUGAGCAAGGAAAUCUACUUGAAGCAUAUUCCAACAACAGUGGGGAAGAUUGGGAGGUCACGUGGUCAUCUUAUAAGACAGAGUGCGAUGUUUAUGGCAAGUGUGGGGCAUAUGGAAGCUGUAAUUCACAUAAUUCACCAAUUUGCAGCUGCUUACGGGGAUUUGAGCCAAAAAACACAGAAGAAUGGAACAGAGGAAAUUGGACUAGUGGAUGUGUGAGGAGGACACCCUUGCAGUGUGAGAGGGUGAACAAUGGCAGUGAUGGGGGCAAAAAAGAUGGAUUUUUGAAACUGACGAUGAUGAAAGUGCCAGACUUGGCAGAUUGGUCAUCUGCUCGUGAAGAAAAUUGUAGAAACCAAUGCUUGGAGAAUUGUUCUUGUAUUGCUUACGCAUUUGAUGCUGGCACUGGUUGUAUGCCAUGGACAAGAAGCUUAAUUGACCUACAAAAAUUCUCGAGUGGCGGAGUUGAUCUUUACGUUCGUGUGGCCUAUUCAGAACUUGAUACAAAGGAAAAAGUGAAAGUAAUCAUCACAGUCUCAGUGAUCAUUGUAUUAAUAUUCACUGGCAUCUGCACUUACCUAUUGUGGCGUUGGAUGGCUAAACAAAACGGGAGAAGGAAAACAAAAAUGUUAUUGUACAAAUUUUCUGGUGAAGAGAAGCUUGGAGACAACGUGAACCAAGUUAAACUCCAAGAGCUACUGUUAUUCAACCUUCAGGAACUGGCAAGUGCAACAAACAACUUCCAUCAAUCAAACAAGCUUGGGCAGGGUGGGUUUGGUCCCGUAUACAGGGGAAAAUUGUCAAAUGGACAAGAAAUUGCAGUAAAAAGACUUUCAAGAGACUCUGGACAAGGGCAAGAAGAAUUUAUGAAUGAGGUAGUGGUGAUAUCUAAACUCCAGCACCGAAAUCUCGUUAGACUCCAUGGCUGCUGUGUUGAAGGGGAAGAAAAGAUGUUGGUUUACGAAUACAUGCCAAACAAAAGUUUGGAUGCAUUUCUCUUUGAUCCAGUCAAAUCAAAACUACUAGAUUGGAGAAGACGCUUCAACAUUAUUGAGGGAAUCUGUCCAGGUCUACUGUACCUUCAUAGGGAUUCCAGAUUAAAGAUUAUCCCUAGAGACCUAAAAACGAGUAAUAUCUUGUUGGAUGAAGAGCUAAAUCCAAAAAUAUCAGAUUUUGGUUUGGCUAGGAUUUUUGGGGGUAAUGGAGAUCAAGCCAAUACUACAAGGGUCGUUGGAACAUAUGGGUACAUGUCCCCUGAAUAUGCAAUGAAAGGGCGAUUUUCAGAGAAAUCGGAUGUCUUUAGCUUUAGAGUAUUGUUACUCGAGAUUGUUAGUGGAAGAAGAAAUUCUAGCUUUUUUGAUGAUGAACAGGACAUGAGCCUUCCAGGAUUUGCAUGGAAAAUGUGGAAUGCAGACAACAUUGUGGCGUUAACUGACCCAAUCAUAUGUGAACCAAGCUUUGAAAUGGAAAUUUUGAGAUGCAUAAAUGUUGGGUUGCUGUGUGUGCAAGAUUUUGCUAAUGAUAGGCCAACUGUACCCAUUGUUAUUUCCAUGCUUAAAAGUGAGAUUAUUGAUCUGCCUCUUCCAAAGCAACCUGCAUUCACGGAAAGGGAGAUUGCCCCAGAUGCUAGCUCCUCACAAAACAACCAAAGUAAAUGCUCUGUUAACAAUGUUACUGUUACAAUGGUUCAAGGCCGAUAGCAAGCAUCUGUUCUUUGAAAAAACCACUUCGUGUGUAUAGGUGUUGAAAGAUUUCAGGGUUAUAUUAAGAGAACCCUUUACCAAAUCACCUCUUGACUUUCCCUAUGGUUAUUUGUAUAAGUCUUUGGAAAUAGUUUGAGUUAUGCAGCAUUUAAUUUGCUUUGUGAUCUUGUUGUCUCUGUUCCAAUUUGAAAAGGGAUUACGUCAUCCUUGUAGUUUUUAGAGUUGGUUAAUUCGUUGUUCAAAAAGGCAAUUAAUUGUUUAUGUAAAGCUCGGUUUGGUAUAUGUUCAUUGGUGCUUCGAAUGGUUGAAGCUUCAGUUGCAAG